GGAAAAGAGAUUGUUGAUUUGGUUCUAGACAGGUUGCGAAAAUUGGCCGAUCAGUGCACAGGCAUUCAGGGCUUUAUUAUUUUCCACUCCUAUGGUGGAGGCACAGGCUCCGGAUUCACAUCUCUGUUCAUGGAACGCCUUAGUGUUGACUAUGGCAAAAAAUCCAAAUUAGAGUAUGCCAUCUAUCCUGCACCUCAGAUCUCUACUGCCGUUGUAGAACCGUACAAUGCUAUACUUUGCACUCAUUCAACAAUUGAACACUCUGAUUGUGCAUUCAUGGUAGACAAUGAGGCCCUUUACGACGUGUGCCGUCGCAAUCUGGAUAUUGAACGACCAACAUACACUAAUUUGAACCGUCUAGCUGCGCAGAUUAUAAGUUCCACCACAGCCUCACUGCGCUUUGAUGGUGCUCUAAACGUGGACCUGACAGAAUUUCAGACCAAUCUCGUCCCCUAUCCUCGUAUUCAUUUCCCACUAGUCACUUACGCACCUACAGUGUCCGCAGAGAAAGCAUACCACGAGCGCCUUAGCGUAGCUGAACUGACUAAUAGCACUUUCGAACCGGCAAACCAGAUGGUCAAGUGUGAUCCACGUCACGGCAAGUAUAUGACAUGUUGCAUGCUUUACCGUGGCGACGUGGCGCCAAAGGACGUGAACUCCGCCAUCGCCGCCAUAAAGACGAAACGGACCAUCCAGUUUGUGGAUUGGUGUCCUACGGGCUUCAAGAUUGGGAUCAACUAUCAACCCCCUACCGUGGUCCCAGGCGGCGAUUUGGCUAAGGUGCAACGUGCGCUUUGUAUGAUUGCCAACACCACGGCGAUUGCAGAGGCUUGGGCUCGUUUAGACCACAAAUUCGACUUAAUGUACGCUAAACGUUGUUUCGUCCACUGGUACGUCGGUGAAGGCAUGGAAGAAGGUGAAUUUUCUGAGGCACGAGAGGACCUAGCCGCCCUUGAGAAGGAUUAUGACGAAGUCGGAGCUGACACGGUGGAAGGCGAGGGAGAAGAAGAGGAGGAGUACUAA